CGACGCCGCGUUGAAGCCGCAGAACCCGCAGAACUACGCGUUCUUCGCGCUGCUGGCCCAGUCGAACCCCGAGUUCUUCGACUCCAAGUGCUUCAUCGGAAACCAACUUGGUGCCCGCCACUUGGUCGAGGACGUCGAGGAGGUCCCUGAAGAGUCGAGCGAGAUUGACGCUCGUGAGCUGGUGGAGGAUGACGAGGACGUUCUUGAAGACGAGUCCGACGACCUCUCCGCCCGAGCAGUCAAGAAACCCGUCGUGAAGAAGCCCGUGGCCAAGCCUGUCGUGAAGCCUGUGGUCAAGCCUGUGGCUAAACCCGUCGCCAAACCCGUCGCGAAGCCUGUGGUCAAGCCUGUCGCCAAACCCGUUGCGAAACCAGUGGCGAAACCAGUAACUAAGCCGGUGGCGAAACCUGUGGCCAAGCCAGUGGCAAAGCCUGUCGCUAAACCCGUGGCAAAGCCUGUCGCGAAGCCGGUUGCUAAACCAGUCGCAAAGCCCGUGGCCAAACCAGUUGCGAAACCCGUAGCCAAACCGGUCGCCAAACCGGUUGCAAAGCCGCCCACGAAGCCCGUCGCCUCCAAGUCCGCCGCAGCCCCCAAGCCCUCCGCGUCCAAAGCGGCCUCCUGCUCCGCCAGCGCGAAGGUGUGCACGGCGUGCGCGAAGAUCGAGAAGGGCAUCCCCGGCGACGUCAAGCUGAACCACUUUGACGACGACUCGGUGUAAUCUUGGCUUGUCUUGCGGAUUGGAUAGGGAUGUGUACAUGUACUUAAUAUGAAGGAAUUAAUUGAGAAAGGAGUUUUUUUUUGGUUGAUCGAGGGGCUCUGGUCGGUGGCGAUGUUUCGACAUUUGAGUCCUGAGUGGGUCGUUUGACUAGACGAUGGAACGGGCGCUGAGAUCAUCCAGCGGUGAUGGAUCACCUCACUGCGGGUGUCGUUCAGUGGAUAUCUGCAUGGCGUAUGAUAGCUAAAGGUUGAUUGGAAAGAUCCACCCAAGCACGGCCGUUGGCGCGCAUGAUUCGCUGUCGGGCCACGGAUAGCAGUACAGCCCUUGUAACCCUAGUCCAGGGAUGUCCUCUACCGCCCAGAGGGCUGUCAGCGCACUGUUCGACGAAGAAAUGCGGUUGCAUAUCUGCAUCUGCCAGCCGCAUAUCCUGGAGGGCGUACGGCAACGGGGAUUGGGAUCGGACGUGUGUCAUCGGUCCCUUCGCGCUCCUUCCUCCAGUACGAGUUCGAUGGCAUUGCGGAUGGAUACUGGAGCGAGAUUAGGCAGUCGCUUGCCCUGCUUGGGUUCCAACCGCCGUGGAGCGACAUCCAGUAUGACGACGUCAGUCGUCGGUUCCUUCGCGUUUGACAGGCCAGAGGUGAGAUAGCGUUUCCAGAUCUCGAGCAGCGGGUCUAUUCAUGGCAUGCAGCACGCAGCACCUGGUCCUGGAUUAUCCGAGUCACCAAGUCAGGCCGCGCGUAUAUCCUUCGUUGCUAGCGCAGUAUCCCGAAGUGAGGUGGUCAUCGAAAUGAAUCUUUGAGCUGGACUUGGCAUGACUCUGAGACUCUUCGGCAGACUGAUAAUGAUGUGCUGCCAAAGGCCUUCAGCCUGCAACUUAUCACGUGUCGGCUAUAUUUGGCAGCGUCAAGUCGUCACGAUCACGUGUGUCGAGCACGUGUGCCGAGGGUCUUCUAAUUAGACCCACUCGCCGCGCGGUGCCGGGCGCAUCUUCUUUACCGUGGAUCUUGGAUCUGUGGACUUCUCUUUGGACCAACCUCCAACUAAAUUCUCAGCCACUAUCUCCGAAACCCAUGCUAACACCACAUUUGGCGCCGGCGAUCUCCUAGACCAAGCGUGUGGUCACGAAGUGGCUUUUAUCCAAGGACACGAACGGCGAUGGGUGUAUGCGGGUCGACUGUACCGUGUCGCGCAGACGACUCGGUACUCGCUAUCCUGCUGAAGAGGAAUGGACAUACGAUGCGGUUCAUCCCGUACGAGAGGCUGCAAGUACGGUUUGAGCAAAACCGCACACGAAACCGAUGAUAGUCGUUGGGGGCCAGUUCACUUGGUCGUCGGUCGGAUGCGUCUCAGGAGACUGUAUGUCACAGCUUGCCACUAGUAGGACCCGCCCGACAACGCCCUUAGCGACCAGAAAACAGGGGGGUCAAAGCGCUGAUUUGCAACCAAAUGAGGAGGACACAUGAUUGGAAUCAGAGUGGGUCCCAUCAGAUCCGGGGGAUGGGUAUAUUCACUUUACACCUGUGCUUUCA